ACACACAGAAGAAAUAGUCUACUUCAGCAAGGUUGAGGUUGAGAGAAGGCCACUUAUUUGCUUUUAACACGAUGAGCGAUUUCGGACUGCAGCUGCUCUGUCUCCUUGGUCUUUUGUCGUUGACCUCAGCCUGUUACAUCCAGAACUGCCCCCGAGGUGGAAAGCGUUCAUUCCCGGAUCAACUUCCCAGACAGUGUAUGGCAUGUGGCCCCGGUGAUAGGGGCCAGUGUUUUGGCCCCAGCAUCUGCUGCGGUUAUGAGAUGGGCUGCUAUGUGGGCUCUCCGGAGUCUGCACGCUGUGCAGACGAGGACUACCUGCCAUCCCCGUGUGAAGCCAGCGGAAAGCCAUGCGGCCCCGAGGACGGCCACUGCGCUGCGCCCGGGAUCUGCUGCGAUGCCGCGAGCUGCGUUCUGGACCCAGACUGCCAGGAGGAGAGUAAAAGCAGACCCUUGGGCGAGCAGACUGCGACGCUGAUGGGCCCGUCUGCGGCGGAGAUCCUGCUCCGGAUCCUACACGCUAGUGGACGGGCACGGAGUCAGUACUAACAGCUCCAUCUGCUGGAGGAAAGAGGAUUGGCAGCCUGCUUAUUGUGCACAGCAAUGUAUCCGAAAUGCACAUACUGUAGAUAGGUGCGUAGUGGAGUGCUAUAUGAAUAUUUUCCCCCCAACCAGACUCACACACAUACACACAAACAGCAAAUUGCAGACAACUCUGGGUUUCAACUUCAUAUGGAAAUCAACCGACACACACACACACACGGACAUGAAAUAAAAAGGAAAGAAAUGUUAACAUAAAUGUUUGAAAUUACUGCACUGACCAGCAGAAUUUUGUCAUUUUUAAUGCUUUGAAAAUAUGCAUUGUACAAUGGGUGUAAAUAUGUAGCAAAUAAAUCUUUUCUUGCACUGGCACUGUAAA